GAUUUCUUUCUUCCUUUCCUUCUUCUUUCUCUUUCUUCCUUCCCUUUCUAUGCCUCAGGGAAUGCUUUGGAAUCCCACCCUCCCCAGUUCCUUUUCUCCCCCUUUCCAGUCUCUGGGCUUAUUCAAAGGCUUGGGAAGGAGCCCAGGUUUUGUUUGAGGAGGGACUGACUCCAUGCUUCUUCUUCUUCCUGCCCCAAUUCGCAGUUGAAGGGGGAUUUUGGGAGCUGCAGUCCAAAGGACAACUUUCCAAAACUUCCCUUUGUGUGCUGCUAUUAAAGCACUCUCCUCUGCCUCUGGUUGGUUUGCCUGUCUUUGGGACAGAUCUGUUGGCAAGGUGGUAUUCAUCAUCAUCAUCAUCAUCAUCAUCAUCAUCAUCAUGAUUGCUAUUUAUUAUUAUUUAUUUUAUUAUUUUAUUAAUUAUUUUAUUAAUAUAUAUUAUUGCUCUGGUUGGUCUGCCUGUCUUUGGGACAGAUCUGUUGGCAAGGUCGGGACCCCCUUCCUUCCUUUUCUUCAGUCCCCAUUGGCCAUUGCCAUGGGUGCCUGGGCCCGGUUCCUGCUGGGCGGGGUUUGCUUCCUGCCACUGCUGUCCAUCUGUCCAAGCCAAGAGGAAGGUCUCCCCUCCUCCUCCUCCUCCUCUGGACCUGAGAGCCAGCCGCCGCCCUCCAGCCGAGUCCGCCGCAGGGGACACGACACCCUCCGUGGACCCAACGUGUGUGGGUCACGGUUCCAUUCGUAUUGCUGCCCUGGAUGGAAGACACUCCCAGGAGGCAACCAGUGCAUCGUCCCUAUUUGUCGGAAUUCCUGCGGAGAUGGCUUCUGCUCUCGGCCCAACAUCUGCACCUGCGCCAAUGGGCAGCUCUCCCCAAACUGUGCGGGAGCAGCAGGAGGAGGAGGAGCAGGCCAGCCCUGUGGUGCGCGGUGCAUGAAUGGCGGCAGCUGCAGCGAGGAGUCCUGCCUGUGCCAGAAGGGCUUCACGGGCACCCACUGCGGGCAACCUGUGUGCGAGAGUGGCUGCCAGAACGGGGGCCGCUGCAUCGGGCCCAACCGCUGUGCCUGUGUCUACGGUUUCACCGGGCCCCAGUGUGAGAGAGACUACCGGACGGGCCCCUGCUUUGGGCAGGUGGUGCAGCAGAUGUGCCAGGGGCAGCUGAGUGGCAUUGUGUGCACCAAGGCGCUGUGCUGUGCCACUGUGGGCCGUGCCUGGGGCCACCCCUGCGAGAUGUGCCCCCCACAGCCCCACCCCUGCCGCAGAGGGUUCAUCCCCAACAUACGCACCGGAGCCUGCCAAGAUGUGGAUGAGUGCCAGGCGGUGCCAGGUUUGUGCCAGGGCGGCAGCUGCCUCAACACCGUUGGCUCCUACGAGUGCAAAUGCCCCGCCGGGCACCGGCAGAGCGAGGCCAGCCACAAGUGCGAAGACGUGGACGAGUGCGCAAGCAUGUCAGCCGGUGGCGGUGGGGCCUGUGACGGUGGGGAGUGCACCAACACGGUCGGCAGCUACGUCUGCGCUUGCCCUCGAGGCUUCAUGACCGGCCCAGAUGGAUCCCGCUGCCUCGACCAGCGGAUGGGGACCUGCUUCUCCGCGCUGAUUGGGGGUCGCUGUGCCGGAGAGCUGCCCGGGCAUUACACCAAGGUGCAAUGUUGCUGCGACUCUGGCCGCUGCUGGGCCGUGGGCCAGGCACCUGAGAUGUGCCCCGUCCGGGGUUCAGAUGAGUUCCGCCGGCUGUGUGUGGAGGUUCUCCCCGCGGCCCCCGGCUUCCCCAUCUCCUCUUUCCCGGGUCUCCUUCCUGGCUUUGGGCCCAACGGAGCAGGGCCCGGAGUGUCCAGUGCCUUCCCGGCGGGAUUUGGACCCAAUGGCGCCAAUGGGCAAGGUGGCCUUCCUGGGCUGCCCGGGCUUGGGCCUGGAAGCUCCAGCAUCGGCACGGCCACCUUGAACCAGACCAUUGACAUCUGCAAGCACUUCACCAACCUCUGCCUCAACGGGCGCUGCAUCCCCACCCCAUCCAGUUACCGCUGCGAGUGCAACAUGGGCUACAAGCAGGAUGUGCGCGGCGAGUGCAUUGACAUGGAUGAGUGCUCCAGCAGCCCCUGCCUGCACGGCGACUGUGUGAACACACCAGGCUCCUACCACUGCAAGUGCCACGAGGGCUUCCAGAGCACCCCCACCAAGCAGGCCUGCAUCGACAUGGACGAGUGCAUCAUGAACGGGGUCAUGUGUCGCAAUGGGCGCUGUGUUAACACGGAUGGCAGCUUCCAGUGCAUCUGCAACGCUGGCUUUGAGGUCACUCCCGACGGGAAGAACUGUGCUGACCACGAUGAGUGUGCCACCACCAACAUGUGCCUCAAUGGGAUGUGCAUCAAUGAAGACGGCAGCUUCAAGUGCAUCUGCAAGCUGGGAUUCGUCUUGGCCCCCAACGGGCGCUACUGCGUGGACGUGGACGAGUGCGAGACACCCGGGAUGUGCAUGAACGGCUGGUGCCUGAACACAGAGGGCUCCUUCCGCUGCGAGUGCCUGGGGGGGCUGGCCAUCGGGCCCGGGGGCCGCAUCUGCGUCGACACCCAUGUGCGCAGCACCUGCUACGGGGCCCUCAAGGAGGGGACCUGCGCACGGCCCUUCCCUGGCGCCGUCACCAAGUCCGAGUGCUGCUGCGCCAGCCACGAGCAUGGCUUCGGGGAGCCCUGCCACCCCUGCCCUGCCCGGAAUUCCGCCGAGUUCCAGGCCUUGUGCAGCAGUGGGAUCGGCAUCACUGCAGACGGGAGAGAUAUCAACGAGUGCGCCUUGAACCCCGACAUCUGCCUCAACGGGGUCUGUGAGAACCUGAGGGGUAGCUACCGCUGCAUCUGCAACCUGGGAUACGAGUCGGACCCCUCCGGGAAGGACUGUGUGGAUGUGGAUGAGUGCGCUGUCAACCGGCUGCUAUGUGACAACGGCUUGUGCCGCAACACACCUGGAAGUUACAGCUGCAGUUGCCCCAAGGGCUUCAUCUUUCGGACAGAGACUGACACCUGCGAAGACAUCAACGAGUGCAGCUCCAACCCGUGUGUUAACGGCGUGUGCCGAAACAACGCUGGGUCCUUUGCCUGCGAAUGCUCCCCGGGAAGCAAGCUGGACCUCGGUGGCACCCUCUGCGUCGACAGCAUGAAGGGCACGUGCUGGCUGCACAUCCAAGAGGGCCGCUGCGAGGUGAACAUCAAUGGGGCUACCCUCAAGUCCGAGUGCUGUGCCUCACUGGGGGCCGCCUGGGGGAGCCCCUGCGAACGCUGCGAGGCCGACCCCGCCUGCCCCAGGGGCUUCGCCCGGAUGAAGGGUGUCUCCUGCGAAGAUAUCAAUGAGUGCGAGGUCUUCCCCGGCGUCUGCCCCAAUGGUGCCUGCAUCAACUCGGCGGGCUCCUUCCGCUGCGAGUGCCCUGUGGGGCUCAGCCUGGACGCCUCCGGCCGGACCUGCCUAGACGUGCGGCUGGAGCAGUGCUUCCUGCGCUGGGCGGAGGAUGAGUGUGUGUCGCCGCUGCCAGGGCGCUUCCGGCUGGACCUGUGCUGCUGUGCGGUGGGUGCUGCCUGGGGCAGCCAGGACUGUGAGGAGUGCCCCCUGCCUGGCAGCCCGCAGCACCGCGCACUCUGUCCACGCGGCCCAGGGUUCGCCAACCGCGGAGACCUCCUCUCUGGCAGGCCCUUCUACAAAGAUGUGAAUGAGUGCAAGGUCUUCCCCAGCCUCUGUGCCCACGGAAACUGCCGGAACACCAUCGGAAGCUUCCGGUGUGUCUGCAGCAGCGGCUUCGCCCUGGACGCUGAAGAGAGGAACUGCACAGAUAUCGAUGAAUGCCGGAUCUCCCCAGACCUGUGUGGCCAUGGCUCCUGCGUCAACACUCCUGGCAGUUUUGAGUGUGAAUGCUUUGAUGGCUAUGAGAGUGGCUUCAUGAUGAUGAAGAACUGCAUGGACGUGGACGAAUGCGAGCGGGACCCACUGCUGUGCCGAGGAGGGGCCUGCCUCAACACCGAGGGCAGCUUCCAGUGCCUCUGCCCCCCUGGGCACGAACUCACCGCCGAAGGCAGCGCCUGCCUGGACAUCAACGAGUGCGCCCUCAGCGACAACCUCUGCCGGAAUGGCCAUUGCGUCAACGUCAUCGGCGCCUAUCAGUGCUCCUGCGACUCUGGCUUUCAGGCCACGCCAGACCGGCAAGGCUGCGUCGACAUCGAUGAGUGCACCAUCAUGAACGGCGGCUGUGACACGCACUGCGCCAAUUCGGAGGGCAGCUAUGAGUGCAGCUGCAGUGAGGGCUACGCACUGAUGCCAGACAAGCGCUCUUGCACAGACAUCGACGAGUGUGAGGACGACCCAGACGUCUGCGACGGUGGCCAGUGCACCAACAUCCCGGGUGAAUACCGCUGCCUCUGCUUUGACGGCUUCAUGGCUUCUCUGGACAUGAAGAUGUGCAUUGACGUGAAUGAGUGCGACUUGAACCCAAACAUCUGCCUUCACGGGGAGUGCGAGAACACCAAGGGCUCCUUCAUCUGCCACUGCCAGCUGGGCUACUUCGUCAAGAAGGGCACCACUGGAUGCACAGACAUCGAUGAGUGUGAGGUGGGGGCCCACAACUGCGACCUGCACGCCGCCUGCAUCAACAUUCCUGGGAGUUUCCGCUGCAAGUGCCGCUCUGGUUGGCUCGGGGACGGCCUUAAGUGCAAUGACCUGGACGAAUGCACCACGGAGGCCCACAGCUGCAACCUGAAUGCCAACUGCCUCAAUACGCCCGGCUCCUUCCGCUGUGCCUGCCGGGAAGGCUUCAAUGGGGAUGGAUUCUCCUGCUCAGACGUGGACGAAUGCGCUGACAACGUCAACCUGUGUGAGAAUGGGCAGUGCCUCAACGCACCCGGGGGAUACCGCUGCGAGUGUGAGAUGGGCUUCAACCCCACCCAGGACAGCAAGGCCUGCCAAGACAUCGACGAGUGCACCUUCCAGAACAUCUGUGUCUUCGGCACCUGCCAGAACCUUCCCGGCAUGUUCCGCUGCGCCUGUGACGACGGGUACGAGCUGGACAGGAGCGGAGGCAACUGCACAGAUGUCAACGAAUGUGCCGACCCCGUGAACUGCAUCAACGGCCUAUGCGUCAACACUCCAGGCAGCUACCUCUGCAACUGCCCCCAGGACUUCGAGCUGAACCCCACUGGCGUGGGCUGCGUUGACACCCGGGUGGGCAACUGCUUCCUGGAGACACAGGACCGUGGGGAUGGCGGCAUCUCCUGCAGCGCCGAGAUUGGGGUGGGGGUCACGCGGGCCUCCUGCUGCUGCUCCUUGGGCCGCGCCUGGGGAAAUCCCUGCGAGCUCUGCCCCUCUGCCAACACCACGGAAUACAAGACUUUGUGCCCGGGAGGUGAAGGCUUCCGCCCGAACCCCAUCACUGUCAUUUUGGAAGAUAUCGACGAGUGCCAGGAGCUGCCAGGCCUCUGCCAAGGAGGGAACUGUGUCAACACCUUUGGGAGCUUCCAGUGCGAGUGCCCCUUGGGAUACUACCUGAACGAAGACACACGCAUUUGCGAAGACAUUGACGAAUGCUCCACUCACAUCGGGAUCUGCGGACCGGGGACCUGCUACAACACGCUGGGGAACUACACCUGCGUCUGCCCCCCAGAGUACAUGCAGGUCAAUGGGGGCAACAACUGCAUGGACAUGAGGAAGAGCCUGUGCUACCGCAACUACAACGACACCUGCGAGAACGAGCUCUCCUUCAACAUGACCAAGAAGAUGUGCUGCUGCUCCUACAACAUCGGCAAGGCCUGGAACAAGCCCUGUGAGCCCUGCCCCACGCCUGCCAGUUCAGAGUACCAGAUCCUGUGUGGUAACCAGGCCCCCGGCUUCAUCAUCGACAUUCACACCGGGAAGCCCAUCGACAUCGACGAGUGCAGCGAGAUCCCCGCCAUCUGCAGCAAUGGGGUCUGCAUCAACCAGAUCGGCAGCUUCCGCUGCGAGUGCCCCAUCGGCUUCAGCUACAACAACAUCCUUCUCAUCUGUGAAGACAUCGACGAGUGCAGCAGUGGGGAGAGCCUUUGCCAGCGCAACGCCGACUGCCUGAACAUCCCUGGCAGCUACCGGUGCGAGUGCGCCUCCGGGUACAAGCUCUCGCUCAGUGGGGCCUGUGUGGGUCGCAAUGAGUGCCAGGAGAUCCCCAACGUCUGCAGCCACGGCGACUGUGUGGACACUGAGGGCAGUUUCCUCUGCAUCUGCUUCAAUGGCUUCAAGGCCACCGGAGAUCUGACCAUGUGCAUGGACAUUGACGAGUGUGACCGGCAACCCUGUGGCAACGGCACCUGCAAGAACACAGUGGGCUCCUACAACUGCCUCUGCUUCCCGGGCUUUGAGCUGACCCACAACAACGACUGUAUGGACGUGGACGAAUGCUCCUCGCUGGCCGGGCAGAUCUGCCGCAACGGGCGGUGCCUCAACAGCAUGGGCUCCUUCCGCUGCCUCUGCCAAGAGGGCUACGAGCACACGCCAGACGGGAAGAACUGCAUGGACGUGAAUGAGUGCAUCAGCCUCCCGGGGACCUGUUCUCCAGGGACCUGCCAGAACCUGGAGGGCUCUUUCCGCUGCAUCUGCCCCCCGGGCUACGAGGUCCAGAACGACAACUGCAUUGAUAUCAACGAGUGCGAGGAGGAGCCUAACAUCUGCCUCUUCGGCACCUGCACCAAUGCCCCCGGCAGCUUCCAGUGCAUCUGCCCACCAGGCUUCGUCCUCUCAGACAACGGGCGGCGCUGCUUCGACACGCGCCAGAGCUUCUGCUUCACCCGCUUUGACCACGGGAAAUGCUCUGUGCCCAAGGCCUUCAACACCACCAAGGCCCGGUGCUGCUGCAGCAAGAUGCCCGGAGAAGGCUGGGGAGACCCCUGCGAGUUGUGCCCUCAGGAGGGGAAUGUCGCUUUCCAGGAGCUGUGCCCUUACGGCCAUGGGGCCAUCCCAGGACCAGGAGACACCAGGGAAGAUGUGAAUGAAUGCGCCGAGAACCCCGGCAUCUGCAUCAAUGGGGCCUGCAUCAACACUGACGGAUCCUUCCGCUGCGAGUGCCCCUUCGGGUACAACCUGGACUACACCGGCGUCCAGUGUGUGGACACGGACGAGUGCUCCAUCGGGAACCCCUGUGGGAACGGGACUUGCACCAACGUGGUGGGGGGCUUCGAGUGCACCUGCGACGAGGGCUUCGAGCCGGGACCCAUGAUGACCUGUGAAGACAUCAACGAGUGCGCCUUGAACCCGCUGCUGUGCGCCUUCCGCUGCCUCAAUGCCCUGGGCUCCUACGAGUGCACCUGCCCCUCCGGGUAUACCUUGCGACUUGACCGCAGGAUGUGCAAAGACCUGGAUGAAUGCGCGGAAGGCCUGGACGACUGCGAGGCCCAAGGCAUGAUGUGCAAAAACCUCAUUGGCACCUUUGCCUGCAUCUGUCCACCCGGGAUGCAGCGCCGCCCUGACGGAGAAGGCUGCACAGAUGAGAACGAAUGCCGCACAAAGCCUGGGAUCUGCCCCAAUGGCCGCUGCGUGAACUCCGUGGGCAGCUACCACUGCGACUGCAAUGAGGGCUUCCAGAGCAGCCCCUCGGGCACCGAGUGUCUGGAUGUGCGUCGGGGCUUGUGCUUCACAGAGGUGCUGCAGGCGAUGUGCCAGAUGUCCUCUACCAACCGGCAGCCAACCACCAAGUCGGAGUGCUGCUGCGCGGGGGGGCGGGGCUGGGGACCCCAGUGUGAGCUCUGCCCCUUCAUUGGCACCGCACCGCAUAGGAAGAUGUGCCCCCAUGGAACGGGGUCCGCCACCGAUGGGCGAGACAUCGACGAGUGCAAAGUGCUGCCAAACCUCUGCCGCAACGGCCAGUGCAUCAACAGCCUGGGCUCCUUCCGCUGCCAUUGCCAGGCCGGCUAUGGCCCCGACCUCACUGGAACGCACUGCCAAGACCUAGAUGAGUGCAGCCAGUCCCCGAAGCCCUGCAACUUCCUCUGCAAGAACACGGAGGGCAGCUUCCUUUGCUCCUGUCCCCGGGGAUACUUCCUGCAGGAGGACGGCAAGACCUGCAAAGACUUGGAUGAAUGCGCCACCAAGCAGCACAACUGCCAGUUCCUGUGCGUCAACGUGGUGGGGGGCUUCAACUGCAAGUGCCCCCCAGGCUUUACCCAGCACCACCACUCCUGCAUCGACAACAACGAAUGCACAGCCCAGCCCACCCUCUGCGGUUCCAAAGGGCACUGCCUCAACAGCCCCGGGAGCUACAGCUGUGAGUGCCAGAAGGGCUUCGUGCUCAACGGCGCCGGGAGCAGCUGCGAAGAUGUGAAUGAGUGCGAGGGCAACCACCGCUGCCAGCAUGGCUGCCAGAACGUGCUGGGGGGCUACCGCUGUGGCUGCCCCCAGGGCUACGUCCAGCACUACCAGUGGAACCAGUGUGUGGACGAGAACGAGUGCUCUGGCACCUCCUCCUCAUCGUCGUCCUCCUCCUGCGGCUCGGCCUCCUGCUUCAACACCUUGGGCAGUUUCCGCUGCGUCUGCCCCUCGGGCUUCGACUUCGACCAGACCUCAGGCGGCUGCCAGGAUGUCAACGAGUGCGCAUCCGGAGCCGGCAGCGCCUGCAGCUAUGGAUGUGCCAACACCCAGGGCGGCUUCCUCUGCGGCUGCCCAGCAGGGUUCCUCCGGGCUGGACAGGGGCACUGCAUCUCGGGCCUGGGCUUUGGCAAGGAAGCCGAGGGUGAAGAGGAGGAGGAAGAGGAGGAGAACCUCUUGUCCCCGGAGGCCUGCUAUGAGUGCAAGCUCAACGGGUUCCCCAAGAGGGGCCGCCACCGUCGCAGCCCUAACAAUACCCUUAUACAACAGAGGGAGGACGUGCUGAGCCUGGCCAGCCUGGACGUGGGCUCCCCGCUGGGGCUGUGGCUGAACCUCUCUCGCCUGGGGGCCGGGGAGCCCCUGCUGGCUCUGCUGCCGGCCCUGGCCCCACUGGAGGGCCGUCUGCGCUAUGUGAUCUCCAGCGGGGGCGAGGAGGGGCUCUUCGGCAUCCAGGAGAAGGGGGGCCGCAGCCUGCUGCUCCUGGCCCCCCAGAAGCGGAUCCUCCCCCCACCGGGUACCUACCGCCUGGAAGUGUCCAGCCGGCCCCUCUUCCGCCGGAGUGAACUGCGGGAACGGGCCCCGGAGAUGGGGGGCACCCUGCGGCUGCGGCUGCACAUCCACCUCUUCUAGCACGGUGGGGGACCCUACUACCUUCCUUCCUUCCUCCCAGCCCUGCUCCGCUCUUCCUUCCUCCCGCCUCUGGACUCUCCAGAUCGGGCGAGGAAACAGACCCCGAAGCCAACGCCUCUCCUCCAUUCCCCAUGGCCAUUUCCCAAUCUUUUGAUCUCAUCAGACAGGGAAAACCCCUUCCCGCCUCCUCCUCCUUUGCUGUUCCCCAUCUCUUUGCUCCCUCCUUUAUCGGGACAUUUAGCCCAGUCCAAAGCCCAGGGACCUCAUCGCAUUAGGAAAUGCUCCAUGAGGUUUUUAGGCUGUCUGGCCACGUUCCAGUAGCAUUCCCUCCUGACGUUUCGCCUGCAUCUGCAGCUAAUCGCAUCUUCAGAUGAUCUGUUGCCAGCGAGGCAAGUGGAGUGUAGAUAUAUCCCUGUGGAGUAUAAUGUCCAGGGUGGGAGAAAAAAAACCUUGAAGCAAGUGUGAAUGUUACAAUUAGCAUUUGAGCUUAAAUUAGCAUUUGAGUUGUCAUGAAGUUUGCAAAGUCAAAUCAAUGCAGGAAUCUGCAUAGAGGUAUCCUAGCUUCUGUUGCCUAGAGGCAUUCUGUUUGGGAGGUGUUCACUGGCCCUUGAUUGCUUCCUGUCUGGAGUUCCCAUUUUUUGAGUGUUGUCCUUUAUUUACUGUUUUGAUUCUGGCAUUUUUAAAAUACUGGUAGCUAGAUGUUGUUCAUUUUCAUGGUUUCCUCCUUUCCAUUGAAAUGGUUCAUGUGCUUCUAGUGGAUUUCAAUGGCUUCUCUGCGUAGUCUGACAUAACAGAGGGUGCCUCCAGGCAACAGAAGCCGGGCUACCUAUAUGCAAGUACUCUCACUGAUUGACUCUGCAAACUUCAUGGCUACUCCAGUGCUAACACAAGGUGGCUAAUGAUAACAUUCACACUGGCUCUAAACCAGGCAUGGGGAAAUUGAGCCCUCCAGGUGUUUUGGACUUCAACAUUCACACUGGCUCUAAACCAGGCAUGGACAAACUUGGGCCCUCCAGGUGUUCUGGACUUUAACUGGACAAAAACUGUUACGCUGCAGAAGAGAUGCAAGACAGCAAUCCGGGAAACCAGCUUGAAAGCAUCUGAAUGAGAAUCAAGGGAACUGGGACUCAAAAAGAUCUUGUUGUAGGCGUCUACUGCAGACCGCCAAGCCAGGAUGAAGAACUUGAUGAAGUCUUCUGCCAACAGGUCACCAAACAGGCACAAAGAAGAGAUAUAGUAGUCAUGGGCAAUUUCAACUAUCCCGAUAUUUGCUGGAAAACAAACUCGGCCAAGAGUACAAAGUCCAACAAAUUCCUUGCUUGCCCUGCAGACAAUUUCAUGAUCCAGAAGGUAGAAGAGGCAACAAGGGGGUCGGCUACUCUCGAUCUCAUCCUAACAAAUGCGGAGGACCUGAUUGAUGCAGUUGAAGUGGUUGGAUCCUUAGGGGCAAGUGACCAUGUGCUCCUGAAGUUUGAGGUCCAAAGGAAGGCCAAAACUAAGACAAGUCAAAUCUGCAUUUUGGACUUUAGGAGAGCUGAUUUCAAAAAAAUGAAGGAAAUACUGAGCAGCAUUCUGUGGACACAGAUACUAAAAGACAAGGCAGUUACAGACAGAUGGGAGUUUUUCAAGAGUGCCAACAAAGAGAAAAAAUAGGACAAGUGCAAAGAAGCCAGAAUGGAUGUCCAAAGAACUUCUAACUGUGCUAAGACUCAAAAAAGACAUGCACAAGAAGUGGAAAAGGGGAGAAAUCACCAAAGUAAAAUUCAAACAAAUAGCCAACUCCUGUAGGGAAAAGGUUCGCAGGUCUAAAGCACAAAACGAGCUCAGGCUUGCCAGGGACAUUAAAAACAAUAGAAAGGGCUUCUUUUCUUAUGUUAGUAGAAAAAGGAAAAACAAGGAGGCAAUAGGGCCUCUUCGAGAAGUAGAUGGGGCAAUGCUGACAGGGGAUAGGGAAAAGGCAGAACUACUUAAUACCUUCUUUGCCUCGGUCUUCUCACAAAAAGAAA